CAUCCUUCAUGGCCAUUGUUCAGAAGCUGACGCCACAAUACGUCCCGCGGGCUGAAGGGUGGGCGUUGCUCCGCGCACCGCAGAAUAAAAAGCAAGUGCACCCGCCGCAGCGCCCUCACACACACAUACACACACACAGUCUCUCAUUCCGCUCCGAGCAGAGCACUCCCCUCUUUAUAAGCUCUCCUGUUGGGAUACUCAACUAUUUUCCUCGGCUCGAUCUCUACAGGACGCUUUAUCGACCGUUUUAAGGAUAUUUCCAUCUGCAAGUUGAACCCGUCCCUCCCAUCUCCCCCCGGGGGCAGCAGACCAGCCAUGAGCCUGAGCGUCAACGACCUGACGGAGAUGAUGGAGAUGUGGGAGGAGCUCAACUUCUCGUCAUCGGCGGCGGGCGCGGGUCCCUCGUCGGGGGGGUCGCCUGCGGGGGCGGACCCCCUGGACAACGUGACGCACGUGGAGGCCUUCAUGUGCCAGACGGUCUUCAGCCAGAGCUCCUUCCUCUACUCCCUGUCCGUCCUCUACGUCUUCGUCUUCCUGGUCGGCCUGGCCGCCAACGCCCUGGUGGUGUGGGUGAACGUGCGCAGCGAGCGCAACCGCUACGAGACCCACCUGUACAUCCUGAACCUGGCCGUGGCCGACCUGUGCGUGGUGGCCACCCUGCCCGUGUGGAUCAGCUCGCUGCUGCAGCACGGCCACUGGCCCUUCGGCCAGGCCGUGUGCAAGAUCACCCACCUGGUGUUCAGCGUCAAUCUCUUCAGCAGCAUCUUCUUCCUCGCCUGCAUGAGCGUGGACCGCUACGUCUCCGUGGCGACGCAGGGCGACGGCCGCCCCAACAGCCGCAGGAAGAAGGUCCUCCGCCGGGCCGUCUGCGUCCUGGUGUGGCUCCUGGCGCUGGCCGCCUCCGUGCCCGACACCUACUUCCUGAAGGCCGUCAAGUCAAGCCACUCGGACGUGACCUUCUGCCGGCCCGUGUACCCGCUGGACAGCCCCCGGGACUGGAUGGUGGGCAUCCAGAUGAGCUUCAUGGUGCUGGGCUUCGCCAUCCCCUUCCCCGUCAUCGCCCUGUUCUACGUGCUGCUGGCCCGCGCCAUCCCGCCGGGCUCGGAGCACGAGCACCGCGUGAGCCGCAAGAUCAUCCUGAGCUACAUCGUGGUGUUCCUGGUGUGCUGGCUGCCCUACCACGGCGUGCUGCUGGUGGACACGCUGACGCUGCUCAACGUGCUGCCGUUCAGCUGCGGCCUGGAGAACUUCCUGUACGUGGCGCUGCACCUGACGCAGUGCCUGUCGCUGCUGCACUGCUGCGUCAACCCCGUGCUGUACAACUUCAUCAACCGCAACUACCGCUACGACCUCAUGAAGGCCUUCAUCUUCAAGUACUCCACCCGCACGGGGCUGGCCAAGCUCAUCGACGCCUCCGAGAGCGAGUACUCGCCAGGGGCGGUGGAGAGCAGCGUCCCGUUGAACCUCUGAACCUUUAUUGAGAAACGUCUUGUUGUGGUUGGGGUGUAUGUGUGUCGAUUCUACCAAUGGAUUUGUGAUUUUGGAAUGAGAGUAAGUGUUCAGAAAUGGGACCAAUACAAUGGGAGGAGGGUACCGAUAUAUCAGCAUAAACAUAUUUAUAUGUAUUAAUAUAUAAACAGUAUAUAUAUAUAUAUAUAUUUGACAGCACGAUCUCUCCUCAAACACGCGAGGCCAAAAUCUAAAAUGUUGGACAGAAGGAUCCCUUUGGACGGGUGCAGCGUUGACCGCGCUGCACCUAUGACAUGACAAAGCGCUCUAGAGAGGCACGCGCUAGCUACGCCCGGAGACCAGCAAACACGACUGAACACCCCCUUCCUCCUUAAACACACACAGACACAGACAAACACACACACACAUACACACACGGACAUCUGCUUGAUAAAAAGGAGCUCGCAAACACUGCACGUUUACGAUUCCCUACGUUUGGAGAACUUUUUCCGAGAGGUCCGCAGGGAUCCCAGCCCAUCCCAGCCCAGACCAGCGGAACCCGGACACCCGCCGUUGUGUUUCCAGGUCGACACUUCUCUGAAACCAAAGGGCGGGGGGGGGCAUCUUUCAGAGGGUCCAUGAGGGGGGAGCGGGGUGUUGCAUCACAUGUGUGUGCAUGCUGUCUGCAUGGAAAUUAGGAAUUUCACACUUAGAAAUUCAUACUUGUUUCUCAAACAACGGCGGACAAUUUCAGAGCUAACAUAUUUCCCGAAUGCGUCUGUGGAGGUGGAGUUACAGGCUGUUUGUUGUUCCGUCUGCGCUGAAGUAUUCAUGCGACCGUGGACAUAAGCUAGCGGAGAGCUGCACUCUUUGUGUCUUGUGAGGAUGUUGAAGGCGUAUAGCUCGCACGCCUUCGAACUUUGUUAAUAUAUUGUAUUCUGUGAAUAUGUGUAUCGAUAUUUGCUUGUUAUGCGUGUUGUGAUGCGGUUGUCUCAUUAUGGCACGUGACAUGUUCUGCUGUGAUAUUGAAAAGCUUUUAAGCAAUGAAGGUGUUUUAUCAUGCUGUAAGAUAAAAAACAUGUUACAGUAUAAUCCUGAUUUUCAAAACGUUGCCGAUUGACGGUUGUGUUUCCAAAAACCCAAUAUUUCAGGUUUCCUGUUUUGCUAUCUUAUUGUAGUUGUUGUAAACAAUGUCUUGUGUAAAAUAAUAAAUAAGCUCAAAAAACAUAAACUGUG